AUGUUUAAAAAAGUAGGGAGUUUUGUUUUUACAUCUUUUAAAUAUUUUUGUGUUGCUCAUUGUGUAACAGAACAUGUAGCAGAUAUAUUCUUAUGUUCAGGGGAUUCCAUGGAGCCAUCUAUCCACUCUGGUGAUUUGGUAAUUAUUCAACGUUUCUCAAAGAUGAUCAAAAAUGUAGAUAAAGGAGAUGUAAUUAUUGCUAAGUCUCCUGAAGAACAUAACAAAUUCAUUAUGAAGAGAGUGAAAGCUGUUGAUGGCCAAAUGGUUAGAAGAGGAUUAAAUUAUCAAGUGGUACCAAGAGGCUCAGUAUGGUUGGAAGGCGACAAUCAUACCAAUUCAACCGAUUCUUGGGAUUUCGGUCCUGUACCUAAAGGAUUAAUACAUGGACGAGUUGUUUGUCGAAUUUGGCCUAUAUCACAUUUCUCUAUGAAAAUUUGA